AUGAGUGACGGAAAGGCGUUGCUUGCGGCCUGUGGGCAGAGCAACCCGCAACUGGCGCUCGACUUGAUUGCCGACUGGCCUGCAGCGCGAAUUCGGGACGCCGCGUCCUAUACGGCCCGACAGUAUGGGUGGACUCCGCUGCACAAAGCCUGUGAACAGGGCCACGUCGAGCUGGCCAGGCUUCUCUUGAACCACGAGGCCAAUGGUGAUGCUGCCACCACGUACGGCAAGACACCACUUGACGUUGCGCGAUUUCGGCGCCAUGGACGUCGAGUCAGACCGCUUUUUGAAGCCCACCGUCAACACCAGCUCAGCCCCGACUCGCCCGUAGCCCAGACGGAUACGCUGCAGCAGAUCUCAGACCGGGUUGAUCAGAAAUUGUCGUUGACUCAUCUGGGACCUCUGACCUUGGUGGCUACUGGUAACUUCAAGAUCUAUCGUGCAAACGCAGCAUUGCCCGAUGGGCCCAAACAGGACCUCGCCGUCAAGUGCUUUCUCAUCAAACAAAAGCCAGCCCACGAUCACAUGUGGUUGCGCGCGUACGACGCACUGCGGAAGCUCAAGCACCCCAGCAUCAUGCCGAUACUGGGCACGCUCCUGGCCGAGCAGAAUGGCCUGCUUGUAUACGGUAUUUUUACAGAGGUUGCAGCCGCCCUCCAGCACAUGCACGAUGUCGGUGUACUGCUAAACGGCGCCCAAGACCAACCGCAUGUUCGUCUGAGUGGCUUUGAGCGUACGCAAGCCAGUGGUGCUCCUCUGGAUCACGACAUGACAGACUUUGCCUCGGAGGAUGCUGCGUGUAGCGCCCCAGAAGUGCGACUGGGCUCCACAAAUGCUCACCCAGCACAGGAUGCCUAUUCAUUUGGUUGCGUCUUGUACAACACUUGCAUGUAUCCCCGCAAAGUACCAACAACCAGCGAUCUUUUCCUGGAGGAGGUGGUUACCAAGUGUGCUUGGGAUCCGCCUCGAUCAGGUCAAACCUGCCAGUUUCCCCACUUGACUGACUUGAUGUGUGACUUCAAGAGCCCGCUGCACCAAGCCACCUGCGAGCUUCUUGCCGCCAAUUCCGCUGAGCGACCCCUCGAUCUUUCAGCCGUGUUGCAGAGGCGACGUUUUGCUGCACAUUCCUUUACCACCUUGCGUAACGCCCCUAGCCUGAUUCCCAAGGUCGCGGCAUGGCUGCGGCAGUUGAGUAUGAACGACUCUGGACCAAUUCUGCGGAUCGAGCGGGUCGAGCGGAUACAGAACGACAAGUUGUGGGCCCUCUAUAGUGCCAAGCGCAAAAACAUGCAGGAGCACGGCACCCAUGGGCGUCAUGAUGCUCCGCUGCAAGCUGCAUCCGCUCACGGCUUGCCCGGCUUGGCAAGCUUGCUUGGUGAUGGACCUUGCCAAGAGCGCCUGCUUCUGCACGGUACCACCUAUGACCAACCAUUGAGGUACCCGAUUGCUCGGCAAGGCCUAGACUCGCGCCUGGCCGGCACAAAUGCUGGCCAUCGCUUUGGCUACGGCAUCUAUCUGACGGACCAUCCAGCCAAGGCCGAUGAGCGGUUCGUGUUUGUGCUGUCGCAUCGUGACAUCGUCCUUGCGUUCCCGACGCUUUGGUUUGCCAUGCUCUCACCUGUGCGCUCUCACCUGUGCGUCUUCCUGGACGCCAGGUAUGAUUCGGUCGUGGCCAAUCCGCCCCAGGAGUAUAACGAAGUCAUUCUCUUUGAAAACGACCAAGUCUACCCCGAGCUAUUGAUAGCCGCUGGCAGAUUGACAAUAGGAAGUGUGAUAUCAGCGUCUCUGCUCUUCUGUGUGAAGCCUGCCAUGGCAGAGGACGGGUGGGCGUUGUGGACGGCCUGCAGUCAAGAUGAGCCCGAUGCCGCCAUGGACCUCCUCACCACUUGGUCGGGCCGGCGUAUAUUGGCGGCCUCCAAGCAGGCUUACUGGGAGGGCAACACACCUUUGCACGAGGCUUGUCGAAAUGGUGCUGCAGACGUGGUGACGCUGCUGCUCGAGCAAGGCGUUGAUGUUGAUUUGCCAAACACGGCGGGGGAAGUGGCUUUGCAUGUGGCGGCUUGCAAUGGGAGUGUUGAUCUCGCGGGGGCCACCGUGCUACACGGGGCCUGCUCAGGCCACAACGUGAGGGUGCUUGGCUUACUCUUGGACAUGGGCUGUGAUCCCCAUACGACCAACCUGAGCGGCGAUACGCCGCUGCAUGUGGCGUGCGCCGGACAGCGAUGUCAAGCCAUUGAUUUGUUGCUACAGCAUGGGGCUGAUGUCGAUCGUCAAAACGAGGAUGGCAUGAGUAGCAUCGACGUGUAUUUGCGAACCGUGGGCGUGGCGCCAAAGACGCUACAACGGCUCUUGACGCAUAGCCAGCGCCCGCAAACCUAUGACUCUGUUCGAGCUGAAUCACGUGUGAUGUUCUUAUGCAGAACACCGUGCCUUGUCGUCGUGUGUGAAUCCUAUUGUUCUCUGACGUUUUGUCUCUCUGUCUGUCUCUCUCUUCUGUCUCUCUCUCUCUCUCUCUCUCUCUCUCUCUCUCUCUCUUACUCUCUCUUACUCUCUCUUUCUCCCUCUCUCUCUUCUCUCUUCUCUCUCCUCUCUCUUCUCUCUCUUCUCUCUCUCUCUUCUCACUCUUCUCUCUCUUCUCACUCUUCUCAUUCUUCUCACUCUCUCUUCUCUCUCUCUCUUUUCUCUCCUUUCUCUCUUUUCUCUCCUUUCUCUCUCUUUAAACUCGUCUUGAGCAGAUCGCCCGAUGCCCCUUGGCCGAAAACGCAAAAAGUCAUUAGACAGGGUGUGGCAGGCAAGACAAUGAUGCGCCUGCCUGGCUGGGCGAAGCAGCGAGUGGAGGAAGAGACUUUGAUGGGGAGCGAGAGAUUAUUGCAAGCGCAUCCUCGCUCCGGCGCCAUGGGUUGCAUGUACAAGAUUGCCCUUUUGGGCUUGGCUGUUGCCGUGUUGAGCGUCAAUGCAGAAAAGAGUUGCGAGUCUACCGCGUUUUCAAACGAUCCUUUCACCGCUUAUUGCCAGGAACAGGUCAUUAAGGAUCUGGUCGAAGAGCGCCUCGAAGCCCUUCUUGGCGCUCGUCUGCAAGCCGUUCAAGAUGCCAUUCCUACAACCACGACCACAUCCUCUUCUUCUUCCUCGUCCUCCUCUUCCUCCUCGUCCUCCUCGUCCUCCUCGUCCUCCUCAUCCUCGACGACCAGCACAGCGCCUUGCAGUUCCGACGCUUAUGAGCCCAAUGACUCACCAUCUGCAGCAACAACGCUCUACCCCAAUGUCGGUGAAUACUCUCCUUUGUUUGCUUGCCCCAGUGACGAGGACUACUUCAACGUCACCAUCCCUGCCAACUAUGAGUUCAACGUCACAAUGACAACGGCCAACUCAGCUGAUCAGGCAAACAAUGGCGCUUGCCUUUUCAAUAACGUUGAGGCAUACAGUCUGUACAAAGACACUGAUAAUCAGCCCUUUAACAACAUGGCCUCUGCAACUCCUUUCACGGCGCGCACAGAUUCUGGCUCUGGUGGUGUUUUGCAUAUUGUGGUUAAGCAAUCUGGCGGCACUGUACCCUGUGCUUACCAGCUGAGUAUCACCUCUGCCUUGGCCUCAACCACCCCCUCCCCAUCAACCACCACGAGCACCUCUUCCUCGACCUCCUCUUCCUCUUCCUCUUCCUCUUCCUCUUCCUCUUCGAGCAGUCCUUCGUCAACCUCCACUAUUAUCUAGAGAUAGCCAGCUCGUGCCCCUUUUCCGUCAUCACUUGAGGAAGACUUUAUUUGUGCCCUCGUUUCGGUCUUUUUUCUCCUUUCUUUUCAUGCAACUGAGGUUCUUAUUUCUCUGUAAUUGAGUCGACCUCAGAUGUCUUUCAAGCUUGGUUUUUGAUUUACACGAAUGGAAUGUGAGAACUCACCUGUCGAUCAAAAGCUAUUCUGACUGAAGCGGUCCACAGGGCAGCCCCAUGCACUGUCUCAAACAGAAAGCCUCUGUCUCUUUCUCCUCUUUCCGACGGAUGAUUUCACCAAAAUUAAGUUGUUAAUGACC